AUGUCAGACGGCGGUAUCUCCACUGGAAGUCAUCAGCACCUCGGCAGUAUUUAUCGCUCACUCGAGUACCUUCCCCGGUACUUUCAAAUCUUUGCACUCUUUGGGGCCUUCUUUCUCGCCUCGAUACGAGAAAAUCCGGUGAUUGCAUGGCUGGCUGUUACCAUGCACAGUUCCUUCGGAACAGAAAUUGUGUGGUCCGUCGAGUACCAGCGGCGGCUGGAGUUGAUGACACUCAACGAGCGCUUGUCUCUGACACUUUACGGUGUGGCACUGUCAGCACUCGCCAUGUUCACGUAUGUUAAAACCGGCCGCGAUGUUUUAUACCACCUUGUGCAGGAGAGUGGAGUAGACAGCAACAGCAGAAGGUGGCCUGUAGCCAUCAUGUGCUUAAUGCUAGCCUGCGAGGGGAUGGUAAUUCUGAAGGAGGAAGCGGCAUGCGAACUUUCCAGUAGCGAUUCCAUUGCGCAUUUCGUGCUUACAGGAUUUCGUGGGUUUGAGCAGACCGGCUUCGACCCGCGUCUGAAGUACGCUAAUCCACACUUUCUUAUUCAGGUGCAAAUUUUAAAGGCGUACGCAAUGUCUUUUGUAAAGCGUAUGUUACCAGCGGUAAUACUGGCGUUUGUUUACCGUUCGGGGCGAGACGCCCGAAGGAGCGCUCACGCAGCCUUGCGUUGGUAUAUCAUGACGAUAAUGAUAUUUCGUUCAUUGUGUGAGGCAUACACAAUGAUGUACGGGGAUGGCCUUCGUCAAUACAGUUCGUGGAGUUUACUCCUUACCUCAGUGGUAUGGUACGCUAUGGUGAAUUAUACCUUCGGUCCAUCGAAGCGAGCUGGGUGGACUGCGUCAACGUCUUCUGCUUCAUCCGUCAGGGAAACAACGAAUGGCAUUAGCAAGUGCAUAGUCCUCUUUUUUAUGGUGUAUCUCUCCGUAUUGGCGCUGGUUGUGAGCGUCCAUGUGGUGGAGUUGCUUCUCAUUUGGUUAAUGUUCUUCCUCUUGACGGUUUGGAUACCCGCCAUCAUUGACUCUUGCGCAGUCAGUUACAUUAUCUGCAUCACUACCGCAGUUUCAUUCGUGGUGUAUAAGAUGAACCACACGACAAAGUGGGGGUCGCUGCGACUUAUUCCUUUGUUCUCGCUCUGGUGGUUGGAUAUAUGUAUCCUGUAUAGUUUAGUCGCCAAUGUCACUCACUCCCGGUUUGGUGGCACACUGGCGGUGCUCGUAGCGUUGGGCUUUCAUUGUUAUCAUUCAUUAGAGGAUCUAGAGCAUGGUGUGAGAACUAGUGGGUCAUACGUUGAAAAGGUCGUGACAAUGCUUCGAGAGGUGGUGGAGGAAACAGUGACCAUGGAUGAGGAAGUCUCCGCUGGACCUCGUACCGAAAAAGCGUGCUACAAAACGCUGGUUGUCGUGGCGUGCGCAGUCAUGGGGUUUCUUAUUUCUGUCGCAGCGUUGCUAGAAUAUUCCCAGUCGUCUGAUGUUCGAGUGCAUUUGCUCAAUCAAAACAUCAUACUCGUUACGCCUCGAGUCCUCUUCAGGAAGUUUGUGAGGACGUUUAUUCUUGUCAUAAGCCUCCUCGUUUUUGUUAUUGCAGGUUUGGUGAUGUAUAGGCUUGUACCGCAGUUGGCAAUGUUUGUCCCCGACUUCAUCGCCCUUGGGGUUGCGGUGGGCGUGGCCUGUGCAAUUUUGGGGAGGCUGAUUGAUUUGCAGGAUCCCCUUUACGACGCCCUCAUGCGACUAAUUGGAGCCAUGGAGCCACCAGCGUUAACGGAGGACAGCGUUCUUGACGAGGGGUACGGCAGAUGGAAACACGCGUGA